AACAUCAGGCGCGAACAUCUUCCACGCAAUGCCUCUCGCGCCAAUUUCUUUACUUACUAGGCGGCGCUUCGACGAGGCGCCAGUGUAGAGUAAGCAAAGAAGGCCUGACUACAACGGCAAACAUUUUAUCAGUCCUUGGCCUAUUCCUUCGGAGCAAGAGAGGAACGAAAGACUUCCAUCAGACAAGUUCUGCACAACGAUCAAUCACGUUUCAACAAAGACACGACAAUCUCGACGAUGCAUACAUCAAGCGCCACAUGGGCAUUGUUUGCCCUGUCAUGCACGGGUGCUCUCAGCGCGCCGAUCUUCAAUGGUCCUCCACUUCCCGCUCUGGCUCCGCGCCACGAGGCAGUCACGGCGGUCGAGGACUACCUCGACAAGACCAAGCGAGCUGAGGCCGUGGAGGACUACGUGAUCCCCGUCGACAAGACCAAGCGUGCUGAGGCCGUGGAGGACUACGUGAUCCCCGUCGACAAGACCAAGCGUGCUGAGGCCGUGGAGGACUACGUGAUCCCCGUCGACAAGACCAAGCGUGCUGAGGCCGUGGAGGACUACGUGAUCCCCGUCGACAAGACCAAGCGUGCUGAGGCCGUGGAGGACUACGUGAUCCCCGUCGACAAGACCAAGCGUGCUGAGGCCGUGGAGGACUACGUGAUCCCCGUCGACAAGACCAAGCGUGCUGAGGCCGUGGAGGACUACGUGAUCCCCGUCGACAAGACCAAGCGUGCUGAGGCCGUGGAGGACUACGUGAUCCCCGUCGACAAGACCAAGCGUGCUGAGGCCGUGGAGGACUACGUGAUCCCCGUCGACAAGACCAAGCGCGCUUAA